GCCAAGCAGCUGGAGUUGCUUCCCUGUUCAGCAAGCAGGCAGGCGCGCAAAAAGAAGCGCCGCCUCUCCAUUUCGCUAGCUCGCUCUGCAAUCUUGUGAAAGGUCGCUGGUGGUAAAUGAAGAGGGGAGCCCUCUCUCUCUCUCUCUCUCUCUCUCUCUCUCUCUCUCUCUCCACCUCCCCUUUCAAGCCUUCCCAGCCCCCCUCCGCCGCCGCCGCCGCCCUUGCCCUGAACUGGAUCAUCCUGCGCCGCAGCUGACAUUGAGCGCACGCUUUGCGCAAGCAGCCCCUGGUCCCAGCCAGUGCCGGACGGAGGGGGUCGCUGGUGCCUCGGCUGGAUCGCCUCUGCUGCAACCACGUGUCUGCCUCGCCAGCUGCCUGUCACACACCACAACAAGAAAGCCAGCGGGGGGAUCUUUUUUGAUCGCCUGCGGAAGGAACGCACGACUUUCCCCCAGCCCAGGCUCUUGUGUGCACCUGGCCAGGUUAGUGGCGAGAUGGAAGAAAGCAGCCUGGGCACCAUGCAGCAGAGAGCGACCGAGCUGGAGCACAUGGCCGAGGUCCUGCUAACCGGGGAGCAGUUACGGCUCAGACUGCAUGAAGAAAAGAUAAUUAAAGAUCGGAGACAUCACUUGAAGACGUAUCCAAACUGCUUCGUUGCCAAAGAACUGAUUGACUGGCUGAUUGAUCACAAGGAGGCCUCUGACAGGGAGACUGCAAUUAAACUAGUACAAAAAUUACUGGAUCGUAGCAUCAUUCACCAUGUUUGCGAUGAGCAUAAGGAAUUCAAGGACCUCAAACUUUUCUACCGCUUUCGGAAAGAUGAUGGAACGUUCCCACUUGACAACGAAGUGAAGGCCUUCAUGAGGGGACAGAGGCUCUAUGAAAAGUAG